UUAAGUCUGUACCUAGAAACGACGACGUUGUUGUUUGCAGCAAACACACACGCAGUAGCUAGCGCCCCCUUGUUUGUAGGUCCGAGGUUAAGGGAAACAUCGGUGUGGUGUGGUUUUGAUUCGCUGUGUCCAAUCCAAUCCAAUCCAUUCUCUUUCCCUCUUCUUCUCAUAUCGUUUUAAAGGUUUCAUCUUUUCUUAAUUCCAGCUAGUCUGACUUAGAUAUGGCGGUAAAACCAACAGUUGCAUUAAGGGCUAUUCUUGUUGGAGGCAUAGCAGCAUUUGCUAAAAUAGCAGGUGCUAUGAAAGCUGCAGGUGGUGCAAAAAUGGGCGCAGCUGCAGCUGCCAUGACGGCAGCAGCAACUGCAGCUGUGGCAGGGUCCAAACAAGAGCAAACAGAUGCUUCUCAACAGUCUCCAAAAUAAUUAUCUGUAUUUUUUCUUCCAGUUUUACACUGUGUGUUGGUAAGUUUCUGUAGCCUAGUUGAAUAUUCCAAGUGGAAGAAAGAGGCCAUAUGUGAAUUAUAGUCUUGACACAUGGUGAUAACCUCUUCAAAGUCUUUGUAAUAAGAUUACACUAAAUUUAUACAGUUCCUGAAGUUUUAGAUGGAGCUAUGGUUGGAUUUCAUAGACAAAACUAAAGUCUCAGCCGAUUAGUUUGUGAAUUAGAUUUUGUAAAUCUUAUUUUGCUAAGAAAUGAGUUAUCUUUGAAGUAA